GCUGCCCGGACCCUCCAGGUGGAAUGAUGGAAGUUGUAUUCCAACACAUCUUGAGAGCACCAGGUUUAGGAAGGCUGUGAACUGAAGGGGAUUGGAUAAAGCAGUAUCACACAAAGGGCAAAAUGAAGAGGUGGUGCAGUUUGCAGGAACUUGUGGAAUAUUCUAUUUAGCUGCUUCUACUUUGGGGGGGAGAGAUGGCUGAAAUCAGUGACCUUGACCGUCAGAUUGAACAACUGCGGCGCUGUGAACUCAUCAAGGAAAGUGAGGUUAAAGCCCUCUGUGCAAAGGCCAGAGAGAUCUUGGUGGAAGAAAGUAAUGUCCAGAGAGUAGAUUCCCCAGUAACAGUUUGUGGAGAUAUCCAUGGCCAGUUCUAUGACCUUAAAGAGCUAUUCAGGGUGGGUGGUGAUGUACCUGAGACCAACUAUCUUUUCAUGGGAGACUUUGUUGACCGAGGCUUCUACAGUGUUGAAACAUUCUUGCUACUGCUGGCACUCAAGGUUCGCUACCCUGACAGGAUCACCCUUAUCCGUGGCAAUCACGAAAGCAGGCAAAUCACCCAGGUAUAUGGGUUUUACGAUGAGUGUUUGAGAAAAUAUGGUUCUGUCACUGUGUGGCGCUACUGCACUGAGAUCUUUGACUACCUCAGCCUCUCUGCCAUUAUUGAUGGCAAGAUUUUCUGUGUCCAUGGUGGCUUAUCCCCAUCCAUCCAGACGCUGGACCAGAUCCGAACGAUAGAUCGCAAACAGGAGGUCCCUCAUGAUGGCCCCAUGUGUGAUCUUCUGUGGUCUGACCCUGAAGACACUACAGGCUGGGGUGUGAGUCCUCGAGGUGCUGGCUAUUUAUUUGGCAGUGAUGUGGUGGCGCAGUUCAAUGCAGCAAACGAUAUCGACAUGAUUUGCCGGGCACAUCAGCUGGUCAUGGAGGGAUACAAAUGGCAUUUCAAUGAGACAGUUCUUACUGUGUGGUCAGCCCCCAACUAUUGCUACCGCUGUGGGAAUGUUGCAGCUAUCUUGGAACUGGAUGAACAUCUUCAGAAGGAAUUUAUCAUCUUUGAAGCAGCCCCUCAAGAAACCCGAGGCAUCCCAUCUAAGAAGCCUGUUGCGGACUACUUCCUGUGAAUGCUUCUCCUCCCUCUUCCCCCUUGUGCGGCUUCUGUUUCCUAUUCUGGAUGGAGUGGUCAGCUUCUCUUUCAGCCUUUGGCAGGGGUUCAAUUCUCUUCUUUCCUUCUCUCCCUUACCCUGGCCCUUGCCCAAUAAAUUCUCAGUUCUGGACCCCUUAGACUGAAUUAGCCAUCUUUUCCCAACAUUGCUGAUUCCUGGGCAAUCCCUAGGAUUGCCAUAAUUGAUACUUCCCCCCUAAAAACACUUCUUAGGAUUUCUGCCUGUUGGAAAAACCUGGAACUUUGUCAGCUCUUUCCAUGAAAAGAAGUAUCAGCCCAGGAAAGAAGAAAAGCUGUAGCUCUUUAAAUAUCUCUAGUUUUGUAGAGAAGUCACUGACCAAUUUCUUGAGCAACUCUUGGUAGGGCUUUUCUACUCACUGAAGCAGCAUUGUCCAAGCUGGUACCCUCCAAAUGUGUUGGCCUAAGACUCCCAUCAUCCUAGCCAACAUGGCUGUUCUGAAUUAGAUGAUGGAAAUUGUAGCAUAAUUAAUCUGGAGGACACCAAUUUGAAGAAGGUUAUUCUAGAAGAACUGGAAGUUAUUGCUAGAGAAUAUAUAUGUUAUAAAGAACUGGAUUCAGAAAUAAGGAGAAGCCAAAUUGAUCAAAGAAUAUCUGAUCUUGUUAGGGGAGCUGCUUAUCUGGACUAAUUCCUCCCCCUACCAUCCUGCCAUGUCACUUAGGUGCUUCCUGGUUUUUUCUUUUUCCCCUUGUCAGCUGACGUUGGAACUCCAUGGUUUUGGUGCCACUCUAAGAUUUAAGCAAAGAACAGGAAGUGCUUCAAACUUUGCUGUUUUGGGUUGCUGGAAGACCUACAGUGCUGAGGGUUUUUGGCACUUCAAUCUGUAAUUUGCUUCAAUUCCAUAGAAUAGAUUGAGCUAAAAUAGGAAGUUUGCGUGCCAUCACUCCUGAUUCCCACUUUGCUCCUUAAACACUAUAUGGCCAGUGGAAGAUAAGACUGUCCCCAGCAUACUAUACCAAAAAAUCCUGAACUUGCAAAAAGAUUUUUUGGGGUCACUGGAGGAUCCAAAUGCUCUAUGGAAUCCAUUCAGCUUUGGUGAUGGAUUUAUUAAAUCUUUUAUUGGCAGAUCUGGUUCUCCUACUUUUUCUCCUUCUCCCUGAGUAUGGAGAUUGGGACCACAUCAUGCUAAUGAAUUUGACCAAUGGGACAUGUUUUCUCUUUUCUCUCUCUGAUCUUCUGCCCCUGUGGGGAUGAGGUAGCCAAACCUAUAAUCCCUAGGCUCACAUUUUCCCCUUCCCUUCUUUACCUUUAUUCCUGUGAAGGAAUGUGCAGUCCAGGUAUCUAUUUAGAGUUAGAAGGGGGAAUUUCCUGCCAUCUCCCAUGAUCUGUCUCUUGCUCUAAUUUUAUUUUGUUUCCAUUUUGUUUUUCCUAUUUACAACUUUUAGAUAAAAAAUUAUAAU